CGAUUCAUAGACGCUCAUGUGAAUCAACACACAACAAACUGACAGUGCAAGCGAGAGACGGACGCAGCGAGGCGAGCGAUGGAUAUGUACCUAAUUAAACUGGAUAUUUCUGAGAUUUAAUAAGAGAAAUAUAAAGUGCGGAUAUUUUGGAGCGUCCUGCAAGAUUUUUUCCGUAUAUUCUGAGGUGAAUUUGUGGACAUAUUCGUUUGAAUCCUGUGAGCUCCACAAAUGCUAGCAGUAUUAGCCGGCUAAGCUAAUUAUGUUAACGUUAUAGACCGUAAACAGCCUGUGAACGAGCAGAUGUAGUUAACUGUCCGCGUUGUUUUUAUUGUUAUAAAACUCACUAGUUAUUGCGUCAUCGGCUGGUCAGAGCAAAAAGAAAGACGUACAGAAAGGAAGCUAACGGACGCUAGCUGAGGACGCUAGCUGAGGACGCUAGCUUGGACGCUAGCUUGGACGCUAGCUUGGACGCUAGCUUGGACGCUAGCUUGUCCUGGAUGAAUUUAUUCGGUUUUAUGACACACGGUGAACAUCUUGGAGCUAGCGGAGGUUUGCUGGACUUUGUGGCUCUGAUGUGAGCAGGAUGGGCACUCAGGGCAGCCCGGUGAAGAGCUACGACUACCUGCUGAAGUUCCUGCUGGUUGGAGACAGUGAUGUGGGGAAAGGUGAGAUCCUGGACAGCCUGCAGGACGGAUCUGCUGAGAGUCCAUACGCCUACAGCAGCGGUAUCGACUACAAGACCACAACAAUCCUGCUGGACGGACGGAGGGUGAAGCUUGAGCUGUGGGACACUUCAGGCCAAGGCCGCUUCUGUACCAUUUUCCGUUCCUACUCCAGAGGUGCACAGGGCAUCCUGUUGGUGUACGACAUCACUAACCGCUGGUCCUUCGAUGGGAUCGACCGCUGGAUCCGAGAGAUUGAUGAGCACGCCCCCGGGGUUCCUCGGAUCCUGGUGGGGAACCGACUACACUUGGCAUUCAAGCGUCAGGUUCCCACAGAGCAGGCUCGCUCCUAUGCUGAGAAAAACGCCAUGACCUUCUUCGAAGUCAGUCCGCUCUGCAACUUCAACGUCAUCGAGUCGUUCACGGAGCUGUCGCGCAUCGUGCUCAUGAGACACGGAAUGGAGAAGUUCUGGAGGCCCAACCGAGUGUUCAGCUUGCAGGACCUGUGCUGUCGCGCCAUCGUCUCGUGCACACCGGUGCACCUGAUAGACAAGCUUCCGCUCCCCGUCGCCAUUAAGAGUCACUUGAAAUCCUUCUCCAUGGCCAACGGGAUGAACGCCGUCAUGAUGCACGGACGAUCCUACUCACUGGCAAACAGCGGCGGCAGCAAAGGCAACAGCUUGAAACGCUCCAAAUCCAUCCGGCCGCCGCAGAGCCCACCUCAGAACUGCACCCGCAGCAACUGUAAAAUCUCCUAGCCUGGAAAAGUGGGUGGAAGGAUCCAAACCCUGCCCCUAAAUGCUCCCUCAGAACUCUCGGGAGGACACAGAUCACAUCUGGUGCAGGCAUAAUACUUACUACAACAUGUACACCUACCCACAGAGCUUUCUGAACACGUCCUGCAUCCGUCUGGUGGAGAAACUGCCCAAAGACCUUGAGAUGGUUAAGGGUCUUCAGUCAGCUUGUUAAGCUUUAGUUUGUUAACAGCAUGUUUUGCAGUUCCUGAAAAGAGUUCGGACAAACUCACCAGAGAUUUCGCCACUUCUGGGGAACGAACCUGGCCGUGCCACGCAUGCUACGCUACACCACGGUUUAGAAGUGCUAGCAUACCUGUGAAUUGCACUGUGAGGUGGCGGUUCACUCGCAUGCACUAUGAAGAACACAGUGUGUGACUGCAUUUCAUUUGAUUUUCUUCUCCUACCCUCAGCCAUAUACAGAAACACCACACGUGAUGUUGAGCGUCUCCUCAGGGGACCGUCUGACUCCAUUCCACUGCUUUUUUCCUUCUUACCCCUUAAAAAAAAACAACCCUGCAUAUUUUUUUUUUAAUUACGUAACACCUGCCUGUCUUGAUUCUUGCCCCUAAACAGCCCUUUAUGCCAAACCAUUUACAGUCUCAUCUUGCGUAGCUCAAAUAAUUCAGUGCAUUUGAGUGAAACCUCCCCAAUGUAUCUGACUGUAGUGUUUGUGUGAUUGACACAAAUUUCAACAUGGUUCCCUGAAUUAAAUAACAAUUACAGUAGAAGUCUUUGAGUAGUUCUGAACUGUUGUUCAUAAACAAAUAUUCCCUCAAAUAUAAAACCUGUUUUAGCUGGAAUUCUACAGUAAAAGUGGUACUUUACAUGUUCCUCAAAGUUUGUCGUUUCCAUGCACCAGCAGAGCGACACCUAUGUGCAGAUUUUCCUUCAGAAAAACAAGGAAUAUUUCGACAGAGUUAAAACUUCACUUACAAAUAGACACCUGGAUAAAUAAAACAGGUUUACUGGGGAUUAGUUUCCCCCUCAGAGAAGGGAAUCAUGUUGAUUCUCGUCACACACUACAGGUGUGGGGGAAAAAAUGCUGGAGUAUUUCCUUAAAUGAACUGAAUCGAUUUGACACUUUACCUUAAUGUCUUUGUUACUCUAAAAAUCUGUCUUCUUCACAAUGCAUGGUUUUCGAUCACUUUUCAGCAGAAUAUAAAUAUGGCGAUUCCACGAUUGAUUUAAAAAAAAAACCACAGAGCGAAGAACUUAUAAAUAUUAAGGCCAAGCUGUAUAUCAAUAUGGAAAAAAAAAAAGCAAUCAGAAAAGGACCUCCAUGAUGACCUAAUUAUUUAUGAAUCUGGUGAAAGGGGCAGCAAUUUCUUUUUAAUCCUGAUGCAUAAUGAAUUCCCUAUUUUGCAAAUCUGCAGAUCUUCAAGUCACCCUUAAACACUGCAUAGAGUCUUCAGGUUCUCUCUCUAUAGCUAUCUCAGGGAUUUUGCUCAAAACCUCCGCAGUCGAAUAAAUGUGCCACGUCAUAAAUAAGAAUGAUGCUUUACAGUUUACGUGCUUGCGUUUGGAGAGAAACAAAGUGAAGCAGGAGGCCUUCACGUGAUCCGUCCUCUUUAGCUAAGAAGUGAUAGAAUCUGGGGAGAAUGUAUGUUUAGAGAGGCGAUUGUUCCCGUUAUUGUUCAGUACACAGUUUAAAUCGAUCUACAGUCACUUUUCAGCUGUAACGUUCAUUCUGGAGGGCUGUGACAUAGUUAGUAAAAGUCCUUGGGUUUUGUAAUGCGAGUCUUUGUUUUAUUUGGUUUUGUGACGCAUCUAGUUUAAUCUUUGUCUUUUCUGAACCUCUUUAAAAUGUUUUUAAAAUCAAAGUUCGUUUUCCAGACACAGAUUAAACCUGUAAAUGAAUAAAUCAUAUCAUAACUGAUAACAUUUUGGUUUAAUAUUAAUCUCCAGGUUUAACCUGUGUGUGGAAAAGGUUCCUGAUGUCCUGCAGGUUUGGAUGAAUAAACUGAAAGGGACGAACAAUGUGAAUGCAGUCAGCACACAGUUGUAAACACUAUUUUUUUUUCUCCUUGGGUGUAAGCUAAAAGCUGCUGAGUAAUUUAAAGAAUCAUAAAAAUGUUCUUGGAACGAUGAACCGAACCAUUUUUAAAUUAUUGACUGUACAGUUCUUUGUGUAUGGAAUAAAAUGACACCUUUUUCACAAUAAAAAAAAAAAAUCGACAGUA